AUGGCCGAUCUCAAUAUCCCCAUUGCGGUUCGGCGAACCCGUCGAAGCAAUGUUGGCAUCGUGAAGCCAGAAGAAACCGAGUCUCCAGCUCUGCCACCCAAAACCCCGCGACGGGCAAGGAAGGCAGUUCGAUUCUCUGAUCCAGGUAUAUCAAUGUCUAGCGGAUUGACGCCCAUGAUCAACCGCACAUCCAUCAACACUCCUCGACAGCGGCGUCGUGCGUCAACACCAGCCAUUUCCACCAGAAGCGGAACUCCUGGUCCCCAAAACCCAAUCUUCCUAUCCCACAAUCAUCAUCAAUCAUCACACCCGUUGCAUCACACCAUCGAUGGCCGUGUUGAGAGACGCGUUCGCCGAAACAAUCUUCGCGACUUGCUCAACAAGCUCGAGCAGGAAAAGAAACGCAAGGCACAGCAAUCUCAAGCUGAGAUUAGCCAUCUCAAGUCUGAAAUCAAGUCUAGGGACAGAGAGAUUUACGAGCUGCAAAACGCCACCAUUGUUGUUGACAAUGAGAGGAUCUGGGACCUGGAGCAGCAGAUUGAAAAUCUCAAGGACGAGCUAGCCAAGAGGCCCGAGACUCCGCAUCAUCAUACGAGAAGCUAUAACUGGACAUUGGCAGCGCGUGACCCGUUUGCGGAUGAAUACACGGACAUGGCCAUGGACGAGGACCAGUUUGGCGAUGCGACCAUGGCACACCUUGUGACGAGCACUCCCUCCCGAGCGAGGUCGUCGUUUCCCACGCCUCCUGCUACCAGCCCUAUGCUGCCUUCUACGCCGUGCUCCUCAAGGCCGUGUCUGCCUACCCCCCGAUCUCAUAUGGGUGUCCAGGUUUGCUUUCCUGACGUUGAGAAACGGCAAGCGGAAGAGGAGCUUGCGUCGUUGCAGCUCGAGGUGUGUAAAUUGACGGCCACUCUGGAUUCAUACAGGAAUCUGAGCUCAAAACUGAAAGAGAAGCUUGCCUCUGUGGAGUCCAUCUCACCUCGGAGCGACGGUGACUCUGCAGCAGACGUCUUGGAGGGCAAGAUUGAGGCUUUGCUGCAAAACAUGUCUGAUCGAACGGAAGCCGUACGACAACUCAGCGCUGCAAUUGCCGACCUCGGAUUCCCUGGAGCAGAUGCUAGCGAGAUGAUUAUAGCGCUAUCAUCUGGCUUCCGAGCCGCUCGUCUGGAGCUGGAGUAUCUCACGCCCGGGGAGAUUGCACUGCCGCUGACUUCCCAUGGCGCCGAGGUGCUCGAUCUCCUGCUCACACGCUUGCGCGAACUGGCCAAGAAGGCCAAGGAAGACGAAUCGUCCAUAGACGAGUAUCACGAGCUUGAGCAGUCCCUGCGCAAACAACUCGACGCCAGAGUCAGCGUCAUGGACGAUCUCAAAAGCGAAAUGGCAAAGGCCGAGCGCCUCCUCCACGAGAAGAACCUCAAAGUUCAGGAGCUCGAGAUCGGAAACGAGCGUCUAAAGGGCGCAGUUGGCGGGUAUAUCCGCGACAUGUCUGAGCUCGAGAAGCUCGUGCAGAGGAUGGAGCAAGAACACCGCGAAGCAUGCGCCACGCACUCGGCACAAAGGGAGUUUGACCGACAAGAACUCGCAAAGAGAGACGCGAGCAUCUCCGAGCUGCAGGAGAGACUUGCCGAUGCCGUGCGACAAUCCGCCAAUCUACAAAAGGAAAUAAGCGACGUUCAAGACAGCAGCACCCGGCACGUCGUGUCGCUGAAUAAACGCCACGGUGCCGCUCUGGCUCUCCGGGAUGCGAGAGUUUUGGAGCUGCGCGGUGAAAUCGACAGGGUCAACGACUCCUUGCGCGCCGCUCAUGAAACCAUCCGAGUGCUGCGCGUAGACAAGGGCAGUUUGCAAAGCCGCAUGGAAGACGAGCGGGACAAGGCCAAGGCGGCCAUGGACUCGAUGAAGGCUGAGCUGCAGCGCGUUUUGCAGAUGAGCCACGAGUUUCUGAGUAGUCCCGGGCGGGCAGAGAAGCAAGUCUAUCUGCGCGACGAAGCGGAAGAUGAGCUCGCCUCUUCCCCGUCCUGUGUAGACGGGAAAGCUGUGGCUGCUGCUUCCGACUCUUUAGUACCAACCACGAGUGCGAAGAAGCUUCGCAGAAGGUAUGAUAGCGGUCUGGGCUUAUUAGAGGAGGAUGACGUGGAAAUGUUGUAG